AUGAAAAUUUGGGAGAAGAGAGAUGGGGGAGAUAGGGUCGGUGAGGAUUGUGCGUUAAAAGCUAUUGGAGGUAUGUGGGAUUUUUGGCCAAUGUUCAGCUUGCAAAUGAAGCUCUCUCGGAAACUUGAGAAGUUCGACGGUAAGGUGUUCGUUGAAAUGGGUUUUCUACAAGAUCAAUGGAAACAAGGGACACGGAAAGGCUGUGAGGAUUGUGCGUUAAAAGCUAUUGGAGGUAUGUGGGAUUUUUGGCCAAUGUUCAGCUUGCAAAUGAAGCUCUCUCGGAAACUUGAGAAGUUCGACGGUAAGGUGUUCGUUGAAAUGGGUUUUCUACAAGAUCAAUGGAAACAAGGGACACGGAAAGGCUGGUUGGCUUAUUACGCGACAUUGAAUCUUCAACUACAUUGGAACAAUUCUUUUCUCAUGUUUUUAACUCCGGAGUCCAGAGCUAAGCAACCUCGAGUGUGCAAGCAAUUUCAAUGA